AUGCCAGACUGGUCUACGGUCACGCCGCGCCUCGAGUAUGAUAGAAUAUUCAGUCCGCCAAGAACAGAAUCAUUCAACUGGAAAGAUUAUUUUGCUGCUACGGGAACAAAUCCUUGUACCGAUGAAAUCUUAUUUGGUCAUGUUAGAUAUCUCGAACAAAGUGUUUGCGAGAGACUCUUUGAACAUGGAAAGCAUAUUUUCGUCAAAACAGAGAACGACAAUGAACGAGUGGCAAGAAUAGAGGUUUGCUGUAAAGGCAAACUUUUUGUUAGCUAUCUGAACAUCGACGAGAAAGAAAGGAAGGAAGAUGUUGACGGUGAAAUAACCAUUGAUGAUGUUGUUACAGAUGCAUUCGAAGUUGAUCACUCCAUGAAAAGGGUACUUGCGGAGGAAAAAGACAAACGACGUAAAUGGGAUUUUUUGGAUGUUGAAGAAGUUAGGAAGUACAAAGAUUUGAUGGAUCAUAGUCUCAACGACUUGAUUGAGGAGGGUCAGUAUUUUGAAUUGCAAGACGCCGUCGAACCACGUUGUGUAUUUUGCUGCCGAGUUCUCGCCAACCUCGGCGGUAUUGUGAUAUACCAGGUUUUGGAUUAUACACUAUCAAUCAACAUCACCAAUCCGCGAUGUCAUCCUAUCGGUUGGGCGGCCAGUCACCAGGAGGAUGCAGUUGCUUACUGUCCUGGAAAGUACAGCGCGGAGAAUAUCAAGAAGUUUGCCAAGAAUUCCGUUCCUGCGAUUAUUUUCAGAAAGUAUGAAUUGAAGGAGCAUGCUCUCAAGGUCGGCUGCCUAGUUGAGGUGCAAGAUUCUGAACAAAGAGCUGCCAUAUUUCCUGGUCACGUCAGUGAAAUAAUCAAUCCUCACUUCGUGAAAAUCGUUUCGUUUUCGCACGGUCGUCCGGGCACUAGAGAGAUUGUGGCUCAUCGUGGAACAUACGGCGUAUUUCCGCAGGGUUUUUGUGCCUCAGUCGGUUAUCAACUUUCUUUGCCUCAAAAGUCGAUGCUGAAGGACAGGGAUCUGCCUAAUUACGCAUGGAGCUGGAAAUCGUACGCAGCCGAGUGGGGAAUUCCCGGAUUGCCUACCAGCGAAUAUAACUUUGAGCCGAUUCCCGGAAGAGACGCUAGGAUUGCUCCCAUGAGGCAUGUGGAGGUAUUUUGUUACCAACGAGGGGUUAUGUACGCGGCUUUGAUACAUCGCGCUGUUCGUAAUCUUGUGCUCAUUGAACUGAGCUGUGAUACAACUCCAAAUCCACCGCUGAUGUUUGUUGUCGGCUGCGAUAACCUCUUUCCAUGCGGAUUUGCUGCAAUGUAUGACAUUCCUUUCAUUGGAGAAGCACCGUUCAUGUCUUUGCCUCCUUUGAAAAACGAAGGUUCCUCACGAUUCGAUAUGUUGCGAAUGGAGUACACGUCACGUCCUGGCAACAUAUUCCAAGAAAAGAGAGCAAAUGAUCCUUCUUUCAUACCAGAGUUUUGGACGAAAGGUGACGUAUGGCUACCUCGAAUCUAUGUCCACCCUUCCUGUCGCGUCGGGCCUUGGUUUACCCGAUCUCAUUUUGGUGCUCUAGCUCGAUACUAUGAAGCCGGACCAAUACCUCACGUCUUCAGAGUAUUAAUAGCGGAUAUCUACCAAUGUGCUUCGCCUGAGCAUCGUCUGGAAGUGCAGAACAUGUUGAACACUGAUGAUGAUGACGUAGCGGCUAUAUAUGUAAAAUUUAAAUGGAGGGUUUCUGCAGAUCACGUAUUGAUGCGAGUUCCCGUGUGCCGCACAGCUCGCCAAGCAGUAGGAUGGCUCAGGGUGUUGUUACGAUCACUUGGAUGUUGUCCGCAUCUUUUUUCUUUCGAAAAAACACCGAAAUGCAAUUGCACCAAACUCAAGCCAGAAGAACGUCGUCGACUGUCUGUAAUACCAGCUGAUGUUGCAAGGAGGAUGAAUUCCGCCAAUAGCGGAGAAAAACGAAAGAAGCGUUCCGUUAAACUUGGGACUUCCAAGCGCCGAAGAACGCUACCACCAUCUCCACCCGCUCAAGAACCUAGCCAGAAUCAUACUAGAACUGUGCUUACGUCUGAUGAUGAUUUUUCGCGAUCUUCUAUGGAUGAAAUGCCUCGGUUGCAUGCCGUUGAUUCGGUCGACUACACUCAUAAUGGAACUACACCCAGUGAAGAGACCAGCAAUCAAUGCAGUAGCUCAGACGAGAUGCCAACAAAUUCCAAUGGAAUUUCAAGAACUGAUUCAUCACCACAACGUCCAAUUUCUAUCGAUGGAGAUGUUAUGGAAUGGGAUUCUAGUCAUCUUAUAUUGUUUUUGAAAACAAUGUUUCCUGAUCUGAGUGACGUGACGAGCGUACUUGAGAAAGAGCGUAUUGACGGAGCACACCUGUUGACGAUGUCACAGCAAGACUGUAUAGAUUCACUGGGGCUGAAUUUAGGGCCUGCAUUACGGCUGUACGAAGUGAUACAGGAAAUCAAGAACGCAAAUGCGAGUCACAUUUGAGAAGAUGAAAGCAUCGCUGAGAUUGUAUAUCCUUACCAUACCGGUCCAUUUUUCAGGCUAUGAUUGUAUUAGCUGUUGAAACAUAUGAAUGUACUUGUUACUGACCCUCAAGGGGCUCACUUAUAUUCUUGACGUGUAUAGUAGGAAUCACCAUGAGUGUCUCCAUACACUGGUGGCUUAGCAAUUAUCACACUUUCAUGUAUAUCAUUCUUUUGUGUUGUUUGAUCUCUAUGUUAGUUGCCGGACAGUUCACAUUCUUAAUUCUUUCUCAACUAGUUUGCACAUGUAUAUUUUAUUAUCUCUUGGUGA